CCCCCUUAGAGAAAACAACUAAAGAACUCCCUCCACUUCCUCCUCCAUUUCGGCCUUCCCAUUCCCCCUUUUAAAACAGCCCCUUUUCUCUUACUCCUUAGCCAAAAUCAAAGCCUAAAACACCCUACCUCACUGCCCCAUUCGCCCCUCAUUUCCUUCCCCCUUAAAACACCCUUUUUUCCAUUCCAUUUCAUUCACAAACUCCCCCUCAAUUCCCCCUUUGUUCCUCAACCCAUUCGGCCAGCCCUCUUCCCUCUUGUCACCUUGAGUUGGUGCCUAACAUGAUCCUCUUCGUCCUCGUCACCGUACUCUUGCCCAAGAAACGCGCCUUGGUACGGUGGGGGGACGUAGUUAACGCGUUGGAAGUAUGUGUUCAUGGCGUACCCUUGGCGUUGAACAGCCUCGUCGAGCCGUUCAAGGUACCCGCCCAUCCCAUCGACCUUGAGGUUCAGGUGGUUGACGGAGUCGGCGAUGGAGGCAAGGUUGGCCCGGGCUUGGGGUUCGGUUGGGCCAGUGGCAGUGCGGCGUUGUCUGACCGAUUCUUGAAGUGCCGAAUGCAUGAUUGCAUGGAGGAGUUUGAGGUCCUCGCCGGACAUAAUCAUGUGCCUGUGCUUCCUUGGUUUGAGGAUGCGGGACACGAUGUAGAGAAGGAGGCGGCUCUCGGGGGUCCUGGAGUGGAUGGUGGGGCGACCCGUGGCGUGGCGGAUGAGGGUGGUGAUGUCGAGUUCGUUGAGGACCAACCCCUCGUUGUUGAUCACCCAAUCUUCUCCGUCAUCGUUGGAGAUGUCAUCACCUUAGUAGGGGAGGCUAGCGAUGCGCCCAAGCGGCUCGACGUUGAGCUCGAUCAGUGUGCUCUUGACAAGGCUGUAGAGCACGUCGUCCUCACACCGGAGUUCUGCGUCAAGCGUAUCAUAGCCAAGCAUCUCCAGGAGUCGCACCGGGAGGAUUCGCGGGGGAGCCACAACCCGCUUGGAGAAGAAAGUGAGGAAGCGGGUGCGUUCUUCCUCAGAAUUGAACCAAAGGUACGACCCGUCUCCGUAGUAAAGGCGUUCGUCGGAGGUCGUUGUAGGAUCCCGGGAUUUGGCCUUGGAUUUCCCGGAGGUUUCAGCCCUGCUCUUGUCCUUGCCCAUUUUGAUGAAGAAUAAACAAAGAAAAUUUGUAGAGAUGAUGAAAUAUGCAAGGGAAUGGAAGGAUUUUGUGUUUAAAGAUGAAAAACUGAUGAAUGGGAGACCAAAUAUAUAGAAAAUAAUGUCACAUCUCAUCAAAAGUUCUUCAAACUCCCGAGUAUAGUCCUCAACUGAGCGGGGACCUUGCCUUAGGUGUUGAAGUUUGGAAAAGUUGUCCCGUACAUAUUGUUCGGGUAGGAACUUCUUCUUCAACAAGCUCCUCAUCUUGAGCCAAGUCUUCACAGGGGCCUUAUUCUCUCGCCUUCUUUUGGUGGAUAGGUUGGACCACCAAGUGGAAGCAUACUUCCGAAACUUCAAUGCCACGAUCUUGACCUUUUUUUCUUCGGGCACAUCUUUGAAAUCAANUUUGUGGAGGUUU